AUCUACUGCCAAGUCCAUCACCUGCACUGCAGUGCGCACACCCAAGUUUCCAAUCCCUAAGCCCUCCCUCCCUACCUACCUAGCUUCCCUCCCUCGUUACUUGCUCCCCAUUUCUCUCUCAAUCUCAAUGGCCGCUAUGAGCAACAAGGACUGUGAAGCAAUCAACAGGAGGAUGGGUUCAAUAGCCGGACAUCUCACUCCAGGGCACGUCGAGAGUCUCAGUUCCAACGUCAGCCUGUCCAAUUGCAGCUCCUCCUCCUUCAACGACACGUACCAUCGUGUGCACGGUGAAGUUCCGUCUCACAUCCCCGAUUGGAAGCCGGCGCUCGAUGAGUCCGGGAAGCCGUACACCGAUAUCAUUUACGAAAAAGCCGUCGGAGAAGGCAUUGCUAAGAUUACAAUCAAUCGACCGGAGAGGAGAAAUGCUUUCAGACCGCAGACGGUGAAGGAGCUCAUGCGCGCUUUCAAUGAUGCCAGGGAUGAUAACAAGAUUGGAGUCAUCAUUUUCACUGGCAAGGGAACCAUGGCCUUUUGCAGUGGAGGCGAUCAGUCAUUCAGAGGCAAGGAAGGCUAUGCAGAUUUUGAUAACUUUGGGCGCCUCAAUGUUUUGGAUCUCCAGGUCCAAAUUCGCCGCCUUCCCAAACCAGUUAUAGCAAUGGUUGCGGGGUAUGCAGUUGGAGGUGGGCAUGUUCUCCAUAUGGUCAGCGAUAUAACAAUUGCAGCUGAUAAUGCUGUUUUUGGUCAGACAGGACCCAAGGUGGGAAGCUUUGAUGCUGGAUUUGGGGCUUCCAUAAUGGCUCGAUUGGUUGGGCCGAAACGAGCACGCGAGAUGUGGUUUCUGGCAAGGUUCUACAAUGCCUGGGAAGCAGAGAAAAUGGGGCUUGUGAACACCGUGGUUCCAGUGGAGAAGCUGGAGGAGGAAACAGUGAAAUGGUGCAGAGAGAUAAUGAGGAACAGCCCCAUGGCGAUCCGCCUCUGCAAAUCAGCCAUCAAUGCCGGUGACGAUGGCCAUAUGGGACUCCAGCAAAUUGCAGGAGACGCCACACUCCUGUUCUACGGGAGUGACGAAGGCACUGAAGGGAAGACCGCCUACUUGGAACGCAGGAAGCCUGAUUUCUCCAAGUUCCCUCGUCUCCCAUGAUUAUGAUAUAUAUAUUCAUGAAUUAAUGAUGAUGAAUAAGGAUGUUGCGUGCGUAUUCGCCCUUCUUGUCCGUUGAUCUUCUCCUUUUUUUCUUCCUAUUAUUAUUAUUAUUGUUAUCGUCAAUGGGGAUGGAUGCCUCUCCUCUCCUCUCCUCUCCUCUCCUCUUAUUGAUGUGAUCUUUGGUCUUUCCUUUUUGUAUUUUGCUAUUUUUCAUAAGGCAACAACACAACACACGAUUAACUAAACUAAGUUUUCAAUUUCGUAUAAUCAUCAUAUAUUUAUCCAA